CAAACAACACAUCAUUCGAAGACGAGCAAGCGAUGGGCUCCACCGAUGCGGACCCACUCCACAUUGCCAUGUUCCCAUGGUUCGCAUUCGGCCACAUCAGCCCCUUCAUCCAGCUGUCCAACAAACUCUCCGUGGACCCCACAAUCAAGAUCUCCUUCCUCUCAGCCCCUGGCAACAUCCCUCGAAUCUCCUCCUCCCUGUCAUCCACCGUCCAAAUCAUCCCCCUCGAAAUCCCACCCGUAGAUGGCCUCCCAGCAGGCCUGGAAAGCACGGCCGAGAUGACCCCACUCCAAACCGAGCUCCUCAAGAAGGCCGUUGACAACAUGAAACCCCAGAUCGUGACUCUCCUGGCCCACCUCCGUCCCCACAUCAUCUUCCACGAUUUCACCCAUCAAUGGCUACCGUCCAUCUCCACACCACUCAACAUCAAGACCUUCAUCUUCUCCGUCUUCAGUGCCAUCUCCGGCGCUUACGUCAUGGUCCCCGCCCGCCUCCCUUCUUCCCAAAUCCCUACCGUCGACGACCUCAAGAAGCCGCCUCUGGGCUUUCCGUCGACCUCCGUCACGAUGCUGAAAACCUACGAAGCAAGUGAUAUGCUUUACGUUUUCAAGAAUUUCGGUGGUCCCAGCGUCUACGAUCGUGAUGUCGGAUCCAAGAAGAACUGCUCCGCCAUCGUUAUCAAGACCUGCUUGGAAAUGGAAGCUCCCUACGUGAAAUUCAUCGAAUCUCAGUACGGAAAACCAGUCUUACUGGCCGGUCCGGUGGUCCCGCAGCCGCCCACCGGAGCUCUCGAUCAUGGGUGGGCCGACUGGCUCGGCCAGUUUCCGGAGAAAUCCGUGGUCUUCUGCUCCUUCGGGAGUGAAACCUUCCUGAAAGACGACCAGAUCCGAGAGCUCGUUCUCGGGUUAGAGAUGGCAGGACCACCGUUUCUGGUGGUACUGAAUUUCCCAGACGAGGAAGAUACAGUAGCCCGCUUGAAUGCAGCAUUGCCUGAAGGUUUCAAAGAGAGAGUGAAGGAUAAGGGCGUGGUGUAUACUGGGUGGGUGCAGCAGCAGCACAUACUGGCGCACGAUAGCGUGGGGUGCUUCGUGUGCCAUGGGGGGUUGAGUUCUAUCACUGAGGCGCUUAUUAGCGACUGCCAGCUCGUGCUUUUGCCGCAGAAGGGGGAUCAGUUCUUGAAUACGAGGCUGGUGAGUGGGGAUCUGAAGGCAGGUAUAGAAGUAAAAAGGGAAGAUGAGAAUGGGUAUUUUGGGAAAGAAGAUUUGUGUGAGGCGGUGAAGGCGAUAAUGGAGAAGGUGGAUGAAGAGCCUGGGAAGACAGUGAGGGAGAAUCAUAGAAAGUGGAGAGAUUUUAUGCGUGAUGCCGCCGUGCACGAGAAGUUUUUGAAGGAUUUUGUUAAGGAGAUGAAGAGGAUGGUGUUGGGUGUGGAUGGAUAGGUGAAGUGAAGUGCGCGUGACUUUAAGUCUGCGUGGUCUCGUUUUCUGUUGUG